AUUUUUAUAAAAUUGCUCCAUAUCUGAAUAUAAUACUAUUCAAACUUGUUCAACUAUAACAAUAUAUCGCAUGUUGGGCAUAUGUAAAUUUGAUCUUCAUAGUUUGUAUUUUGUUUUCAAUAACACCAGCUUCAAUAUAAAUAGAAAACGAUAACGAAAACAUUAUCGGAAAAGUCGAUUAUGUAUUUAAUGGUAAUUCAGGGUUUAAUUCAUGGUAAAUCGUAGUCAGUACGAUUCAAAAGUAGUACAACUAUUUCGUCACGGAUAAUGGUUUCUUUACCUGAUUCUCCUUUUCUCAAUAAUAACAUUAUCAUGUUAUUUUACAAAUAGAAUGUGCGAGUACUACUUUACUUCCUUAUUUUAAACUAGAACAUUUAUCUAUUUACUUCUAUAGUAUUAUUACCUGCAAAAGAGAAAAUAUUCGAGGUAUCAAGUUGUGUUUAAAAAUAAACGGAUUAUCAAAACGAUGCGGAUACUCUGGAUACUGAAAUGCAUAUGGCUUUUGUCAAGAUUUCUAGUGGCAGGUGCGGUAUUUGAUGCAAAAUGUAUCGACAACUGCAAUUGCUGUGUUGAUAGCACAUGUCAUCAAUACAAUGGCUUUUGGAACGGUUGCAAAAACGGUUGCAUUGAAGGACACAGAGGUAGUAGAUGCUAUGAGCUUUGUAAUCACAACUGUACAAAAUGCGAUGACAGGAGUAAUUUUUGUGAUGAAUGCUAUGAUGGCUUCUACCUUGGACCAGAUAAAGAUUGUACAUCAAAAUGUCCAACAAACUGUAAAGCAUGUACCUCUACCUUAUUGUGUACUGCUUGUAACGACGGUUAUUAUAACAAAGAUGGGUCGACAACAUGUCCGCACGCCUUUUGUCCAAAUAAUUGUAACUGCAGUGGUAGGACAUGUACAACAUGUAAACACGGUUUCUACGACACAGGCAAUAACUGUAGUAAAGAAUGUCCGUCUAACUGUAUAACCUGUUCCUCUUGGGAAAAGUGCAGUGAGUGUGAAAAUGGAUUUUAUAACGGGUAUGAAUUUGACAAUAAUGUUAAACAGUUGUUAAAUAAUUGCACAUUAGGAUGCAGAGAAAGUUGCAUAGAAUGUGAGUCAUACGAUAACUGUUUGCAAUGCUCUAAAGGAAAAUAUGGCCCUAAUUGCCAGAAUAAUUGCUCCAUCGGUUGCAAAGAUCAAAACUGCCAUAUUGCGUCUGGUAAUUGUUCUUGCUCGUUAAACUUCGAUGGUGGCAAAUGUACGAAUUGUGUUUACGGAAAAUAUGGAACCUUUUGUAACGAGAUAUGUCCAGAACACUGCAGAAACGCUAUAUGUAACAAAACAUCAGGAUAUUGUAGUGAAGGUUGUAUCACUAACACAAUAAUUGGCGCAAAGUGUAAUACCUGUAUAGUUGGGAUGCACGGUAUACUUUGUGACAAAAUUUGUCCUACACACUGCAAAGCUAAUACGUGUAACCGAACGACUGGAUUCUGUUCUGGGGGUUGUCAAGACAACUUUAUAGGUCCAAUGUGUGACACCUGUAUACAAGGAAAGUAUGGAGUAGCAUGUGACCAAGAUUGUUCAUUAAAAUGUGAAAAAGCUUUAUGUGAGAAAGAGACUGGAAAGUGCCUCAGCUGUACCGGCAAUUUUGAUGGGGACUACUGUGAAAAUUGUCAACCUGGCUUCCACGGGCAGAAUUGUUAUGAUAGUUGUUCUACUCACUGCAACAAUACCACAUGUGAUAUCAAUACAGGUGUUUGUGAUUAUGGUUGCACAGAUAACUAUUCAGGUGACAUGUGUUGUGUGCCUAGCGGAAACUGUGUAAACUGCGCAUCUAAAUCUGAAUGCAAAAGAUGUAAAUCUGGUUAUUUUGGUCAUUUAUGCAAUAAAUCCUGCCCAGUUCGCUGUCUUGGUUCCUGUGAAAUUUCGACAGGCGUUUGCCGCGACUGCACUGUAAAUCACUUUGGACCUUUCUGCAACAGAACAUGUUCUGAAAACUGCAUUGCUUCACGCAGCGCGGACACACGUGAUUGUGCGUCAACUGACGGGGCGUGUACCUUUGGUUGUAAAGAUGGAUUCUAUGGCAUUACGUGUAAUAAAACAUGCAGCAACCUUUGUAUUGGCAAUAUUUGUAAACAGGAUAGUGGAAUAUGUAAAGAAGGAUGUGUUAGCUCUAAAGAUUAUCCAGUGUGUGUUCUGGAUUUAGAGCAAUCGGAAGUUCCAUCUGAUGAUAAUUCAACAGCAACAACUACAAAUAUUGUAUUAGCAACACUCUUGGCUUUGACUACUACUGCAUUGUGUAUUUCGAUUUUAUGGAUAAUAGUUAGCAAAAUACGAUCUACAGACAGGCAAACCGGGGAUUCUUCUUUACAAAUUCCAUUAGAACAUUCGUUGGUAGUGACUCAAGCUCUACAAACCGAGGUUUCUGAAGCAGAUCAUUCCGCUUAUGAGAUUCUCGAUAGAACCCAGGGUGCCCAUGACCACACCUAUGAUACAGCUUCCGCCAGUGCACCAAAAAGUAUGGUCAAUUCUGGAAACACAGAUUAUAUGAAUCUGCAAAUCCAGAAAUCAUGAAAUGUCCAACUCCGACUGUGAAUGUUUUUUACAAAACAACCGUAGCCUAUGAGGAGGAACUUGAACAUUCAUUACAUUUGUUGUCUGAGUGUGUAUGACUUAUCUGAUAAAUAUGCACUAUAUUAUCGAUGUGAACAACUUUAAAAGAAAGUUACUUUACUCAAGAAUUGAUAUUUAGCACCUUUGCAAAUCUACAGUUAAAAUAAAGUAUUUUGGUUUUAUUGCAUUUGAUAUCCCAGGUCUCUAUUAAUCUUCAGAUAAUGAUAUUGAACACAUUCAAGUUUUAUGUGGAAUUUCAAUGUAUUUGAGCGGUACACUUAAUCGAUAUCAUAUAGUAGAGUCAUUCUAUAUUUUCGCAACAUUUUCUGUCCCAGAAAAAAUAAUCUCUAAGCAGUUUUAAUAUAUGACAUCAGAAUCUGCUUUGGGUGAAAAUAUGUGACUAAUUUAGUAUAUUGAUGCACUUUUUUUUGUACCAUAUUAGCAUUAUUAACAUAAUUUUUUGAACCUUUAAGUAUGUAAAAUUGACAUUUUUCACUGUCCCCAGGUAAUAUUUUAGAUGUUUGAAGUAAACGUUUAAAAACCUGCACAGUUCAAUAGCUAAAAAAAUACCAUCAAUAUUUAUUUGACACUUGGUCUGAAUACUAGUGUACAUACAGUUGGAAAUUCGGUAAAAAGUUCAUCACUUAAUUUAAUUCCAAAGUUUGUACCCAACGGUUAUGUCCCUCAUCUAAAAGAAAGCUGUUCAGUCAGAAUAACAGCUGAUCCCUCUGUUAUAUUGUCUAUGCAUUGCCGCCAUUUGGAAGAGUAUCAUUUUUCAAGAUAACAUUUGAGGUGCUACGGCGGACAUUUGUUUUUCUUUAUCGAGGAGUACCAUUUGAAAGUUGGUAAGUACAUGCGUACUUUUUUCUGUCUCUCAUGUAACAUUAAAAAUUCAUUACAAUGAAAAACAUGCGAGGCUUCAUUACUGUAAGGUAAGUGUUUCAAAAGCGACAGUUUCAAAAAUAACACGUCGGGCAUCCAUAAGGGAUCCAUUAUUAUUUUUAAUAUGCAAAUACGCAAAAUAAUUCACUCCUGUAACAGUCACUCAUAUAACGGCCAUUUUUAUAACAGUAAAGAAUCAAAAUGUCACAGGAAUGAAAUAAUUUGCAGAACAGCGAAUAAAAUAAAACUAUUUGAAGAGUAGAUCUAGAUAACAUCAAACCCUGUUUCAGUUACUUCAUAAUCAAAAUAAAAAAGAAACAUACAUCAGCAAGAAUAGCGCUAAUAUCUUUAAUAUUCUCCCGCCGUAUAUUUAGUUUUGUUGUUACAGGAGAGACAUGUUGUGCGACAGCAAAGACAACUGUUUAUAUUUUAACUGAUAUACACCUUAAUAACACAUAAGUUGUUUCUAAAUAUGUAUUGCCUCCUUACAAGAUAACUGUUAAGUUUCAUUUUAACAAUAGGGAGUCUGCUAUUUAAAAUAUUUUUACAAGAAAUCUUUAACAGGAAAGACCCCUAUAGCAGUAGCAGGAAAGACGUCCAGUCUGUAAAUAUAAAUAAUAUACCACUGAGUGUACCUGAACCAAACUGAACUUACAAUAUGAUAACCAGUGAAUAUCUGUACUAUUUCAAAAUUUGAAUCAGAAAAGUUACACUUACAUGCAUUGAAACUAUCGAGGUUUUAUGCAAAUGUUACCGGAGAGACAAAAAUAUGUUAUGUGAAUGACAAUUUGCAUUUAUAGUUUGAGUGCAUAUCUGAAUGGAUUUUCGCAUUUGUUUUGUAUUUCGUUUAAAUCCGCAACAUUUACAACAGUACUGAAGAAAUGAGCAUGAAUAUCCCAUAAAUCUGGGACGUAUAAUACAAGGGACAGACAGGCAUAUAGAUGAAUUAUUGAAACAAGUGUUCUUUUAAGGUUACUUGCAAUCUAGAAAUGAUCUAAUUUGGUAAAUUAACGUCAAAAGGCUAACUCAUUAAUAUAAUUUUACAGGAGACGACAUGGUAAUGUCAAAUGCGGAACUACAGAAAAUUGUCUGCCUCCAAAUGGAUUUGGAUUCAGGUCAUAGGCGAGAGUAAUUGAUUGCAAACCCAUAAAGUUAAAUGAUGAACCAGUCUAAUGAUAAAGUAGUGCAUGAAGAUCAAGAGCCUAGAAAGACAUCAUGUACACAAAUGGUGGAGACAAAUGAACAAGAUUUUCCCAGUGAGUCGGCAGAUGACCGCGUAGUAACACACGGGUCAGCAGAGCUUGAUGGUAAAAAACAUAGAUAUUACAGGUCAAACAGUAGUUGCAGAAGUGCAAGAAGAUACAGUACCUGUGGUUACGGACAAAACAAAUGCAAUGCAUAAACAAGCAGUGAGAAUUACGAUCAAAAUUAGACAAUCAUGACAGAAGAAAUCAGUUAGAGAACGCAAAGUAGUUCCUGAAGCAGGUGACAGAUAAACAUAUAAAAAUGCCCGUAGAUCACAAACAAACACCGUUGACACUUAAACUUGUAAGUGCACGAAGAAACCGAACACAAGACUUAAAAGAUGUACAAUCAGUAGAGAGAUGACAAAUAUACAUUGUACAUGCAUAUAAAAAGACUGAAAAUCAGAUACCAGAGUUGACACAACACAUGGAUGGGCUAGCAGAAAGUGGUGUCAGAUACACGAGAAAUUUCAAGUAUAAAACCAAAACCGUUAACAGAUAAACAAGAAAUAACAAAUGAAACAGUUGCAUCUGAUGUUAUAGAGACGAAAGGUAGUUGCCUGCAUAAUACUAUGGAAAAAGAACAAUAUAACACGGUUUGACGGAAGUUUAGCAAAACGUUGAAAUAGCACAUGCAUCAAGAGAAAAACAAGACGCUGAAUUUGAACAGAUCCAAAGUAAAUAAAUCGCCGUUAUCUCAGACUUAAGGUCGUGUGAUGGAUAAAGUAUGUUAUGGCAAAGUAUGGUAAACGACCUUACUCACGUUUAUUUGAAGAAACUUGACUGUGAAACAUCAUAUGAACAUUUGAAAAGAAACAACAACAUUUUCACUUAGCUUCAGAGUGUGAUGGACCUUAAUGUAUAAAGAAAACAUACUUGGAAUGAGUAGCACACAUUUAUUAUAAAACAAAUGAAAACAUUUUGAAUAAUCUUUCAUAAAACAUCAUGAAAAGGUAAAAAGUAAAUAUAUAAUGUAUAUAUAUAUGGUAAUUGUUACGACAGCGUAUUGAGCUGGUUAUUCAAUUUUCUUCUUUUUGUGCAUUAAAAGAAGAUUAAUCGUUAAUCUUGCGCUCCCAAAAUGCGCUCCUUGUGCUCCCAAAUGCACCCUUUGCAUUCCUCCUCCACCUCCUGCUACUGCUGCUGGCUGUAACGCACGAAUGAUUUCGCUUAAAAUACCUAUAUUUGAGUAGCAAUUAGACCCAUAAAAGUAUAUAUUUUCUGAACCUACUCGACAAGACCGUUAUAACGGCUUCAUGUUUCACUAGGUCAGAACUCUACCUUGGGUUCCGGAGUGGUUUUUACGCAUGAGUGAUUUUAACCUCGAUUCGACUCUUAAAGUAAAUAGCGCUCAUCGAGACAUUUCGUUAGAUACCCUACAUGCCUAGGUUCUGUCCAAUAACGAAGGAGAAAAACCGGGUUGUAACGUAUGAAUGAUUUCGUUUUAAACCCCGGUAUCUAGAAAAUCUUACGUGAUAGACUCAUAACUGUAUUUUCUUAACCUACUCAACAAAAUAGAGAAAAGUGGAAACUUCACAGGUCGCUCAACACGACAAAAACAAAAUGUUGCAGGCUCGGUUUGAUUGAGCCUGUUCAUGGACGGUAUUGGAAAUGCAUGCUACCGUCCACGCCCUCUAGCCCCGGGUUGAGCAGAACUCAACGACAAAGACCUUCAAAUGAUGCCGGUCCCAAGCCUCCACUUUUUUGAAUUUUGAUGACGUCAUUUCCGGUCGGGAAUCAUAUUUUCUAAAUGUACACCACUCGGCCUUCCCAAAAAUGUUAAAUACCCAGAACGUCAAAAUUGACCCUAAUUCACUAAUUUAACGUUCUUUAUUUUAGUGAAUAGAUAGUAGCAAUAUAAAGUGAAACUGGGCGUGGAUCCUUGAAAUAGAAUUUGUUCUAUUGUUUAUAAUAAAGGAGCUCUAUUGUUCUCCAUGAAUUUGUCGGAACACGUUUAGGCUCCACCUAUUGAUUCUCGAUGACUCACCUCUGGGUGCGGCUUUAAUCUUGUCCGUCGUCUGCUACAGGACAGAUAUGUAAAUAUACCGAUAAAGUACCGAUUACAAAAAUUGACUCCACAAAAAACAAAAUGGCGGUUUAUAUAAAUAAAGAAGGAUGACCAAGAUCUAUAGAUAUGAGGUUAACUACCGUUAUGAAAAAAACACGAGAUCGUAAACCUUUCUUUAAAAUAAAUAAAUAAAAAAAAAAAAAUAAAUAAAUAAAAUAAAAUAAUUUUUUUUUUCGCUAUUUUCAGUACAGGACAUGUUUCGCAUUUGUUGCGCAAUUAUUCUAAUUUUAUGUUCAAUAUACAUAGUAGCUGUUCCUAGUUUUCUGUUUAAAUGUCACUGCCAUAACAAAAAGGUGUUCUCCUUGAUACACGCAUGUCCCUGCUGUAACAUGGUAUAUAUCUUCGAUUAUAAUUUCCACUGUUAUCUUUUUAUCCCCAUAACGUUAGUACUUUGGAACAUCUGAGGUUUCCUUUACAAAAGCACUGGUUGAAAUUUGAUCCAUUGACCGAAUUAAAAGUACAAUUAAUAUUUUAACUAUGAAAUAAAUUAGUUUUUUAAAAUAUCACCUGAAAUACAUCUCAAGUUUGUUUCGUGAUACAUAUAGGACGUAGAUGUUAUUUUUCUAUAGAAAUAAAUCUCAAACUGUCAUAUUGUUAUGGUCUGGAUGUGUUUACUGUCUCUUAUGAUAAAGUAUCAGUCACUGGUAUUAUUGUAACAGGAGGAAACACAUGUUGGUUUUGUCUUCAGAAUAUGUUCUGUAUUGGUAAAACGAAGAGGUAUUAAGCUUGCAUUCAGUUAAAUUUAUAUUGAGAUAAGUUCUACUGAUUAAAUUCACCAAAUAAAAACAACAAGUGAUGAUGGUUAAUUUUCAGAAGUUACAAGCUCAAAAAUGUUGCGAAAAUACAGAAUGACUCAGUAACAUAGUAACUACGGUUUAUCACAUGAACUGAAUUUAGCAUUUAGGAUUGGAAUCUAUGUAAAUUUCUUUUUGUCAUAAGGUAUUUGCUUAUCAUAUUACUGUAUUUUUUUCAAGAAUCAGUUGGCUAAGGUAAAUCUGUGUUUUAUAGUUUUAAUGCGAAUCUUUUUGCAACAUAUACGACUACUUAUCUACCGAUGUUACAUAGUAAAAAUGGAAAACAUUUCCAAAUGAGAAAACGUUUGCCUUUUGUGAGAUUGUUAGUUCUUAAUUUGAAAAGUACUUGAAAUUCUCUAAUUUAUAUGUAGUUUACAAAUGAUUCAACUGGUAGGAUUAAAAAUAUACAUGACAUUCUUUUCGCGUCAUUUCAUUUAUGUGUACGUAUUUUCAUAUGUAAUAAGACAAACCUCAUUUUUUAUUCUGAAACUGUGUUUUUCUAUAUAUUUUUCAACAAAACAAUUAAUACAUGUUUAUAAUGAAUAUGACUUUUGAAUUUUUUUAUGUCUUAAUUGCAAUGUUUAAUGUUAUAAUGAUAGUUUUACAGAUUUUAUAACAUGUACAGAAAUUAAACAAUUUAAAAAUAAAUCUCAUAUUAUUGGCAAUAUUCAGUGAGUUUUAAUUUGUGAAGUGUCUUUCAAUAUCGUUCUACCAGCCAGAAACAAUGCAAAGUACAUAGAAAUUUGCUUAAUUAAGUACAUAUUGUGUUUUUUUAAUCUUUAGGGUAUUUCAAAGGUGAAAAACUACAACCACCUCAGCUGUAAUGUGCAAAUCUUAAAACAUUCAAUUAUAAUCUUGGAUUAAUACCCAUUUACCAUGUUUACCAUUUAUAAUUUAAACAGGCAUAUUCGUCUUACAAAACGGUGUCAAUUUCAAAGAUGUUUAUCAGAUCGAUAGUUUUACCAUAACAAACUUAACAGACCUUUACGCACACGGUAUUUAAAAUUUUAAGUUUUAUAUAAACUAUUUUGGAUUGUAUCCUCCGUAAAGAUAGUAUCAGUAUGUAAUAUUAACUUUCUUUUUUACCAUUAAAGCUUCAAUAUUUUGAAUAGUCAAAAGAACAUUUCAUUAAAAAAUUGUUAUCAAAGAAUAGGCACAUGCUAUCAUAAGUGUGCAAUUAAAUAUACACAAUUGUUAUGUGUUCAUUUAAUUAAUGUUUAAAGAAUAAUUCGGAUGUCAGCAAGAAUAUUUAAAGAUGGCCUAAUAUACCUCAUACAUAAAACCCCCCAAAAAUGUGUAAUUACUAACUAACUAAUUACUAUGUGUAACUAGUAUAUUUCGUCUGCUUUUUAUUUAAUAUUUUUCUUGAUUAUUUAUAGCAAUUUGAGAAUAUGUCGUUCUGAGUACGUCUUAGUGGCGGCCAAUCGUUGGAUGUUGCUAAUAUAUUAAGUUAACUUUAAAAAGUCCAUUUGAAGCAGUGAAAGUGUGUUGAAAAGUAGGCAGCAACGAGAAUGUAAUGUCACUUAUCCGUCAUAGCUCUACAUCGCUUAUCCAAAUUAAAAGGGAGUCAGUGGCAGUGAGGUUAGCAGGUUGGACUACAACGCCAGCGAUUCGGGUUCAAUUCCCGGCCACGGCUUAUAUCGCGUCUGGUGUUCAAUACUUUGUGAUUUAAUUAAAUUGGUACUCUUUCCAACGCAAGAAGUGAUUGUUCUGGUUUUUCCCAAAUAUUUGGUCUGGUAUAUUUAUCGGGUAUAUUAAUCCUUUCUUAAUGUCUGUUUAUGUGUUUUAUUUCCCGAUUGAUUGGAUUAAUUUCAAUGAUGUUAUCAAAUAUCCAUGUAAACGGGGGAAAAACAAGACGUUUAAUGCAUCCAUCAAAUGGAAAAGCUUAGUGAUUAAAGAAACCGAUGUCAAUUGUCAUACAACAUAUUUUACAAUUAUUAUCUAAAGUAUUAGAUCCUCUUUUGAUAAACUGUUUAACGGUUUUAUCAAACGUUUUACUGACAUAAAUGUCAUUUUCAGAUUUUCGUAUUUUGUUUAUUAAGAUCUAAUAUUAAUCAAGGAGUUUUAUUAUUAUUGUUGGGUUUAACUUCGUACCGGCAAAAUUGCAGGUCAUAUGGCGACUUUCCAGCUUUGGUGGUUGUCAAAGGCCCCGGUUGCCCUUCCGUGCUUUAUUUCAUCACGGGCGGGCACCUGGGUAGAACCAACGACCUUCCAUAAGCCAGUUCGAUGUCUUCCUCACAUGGAGAAUUUAACGCCCAGAGUGAGGCUCGAACCCACUGGAAGUUUAUCAUAAUCAAUAACUUUGCAACAUAAUUUAAAUCCUCUGAUAUGGAAUAGACUCAAGCAAAACGAAUAGGUCACAAUCUACAGAACCUGUAGGAUUUUGGGCAGAAGAAGUCUCUGUAUAAAGUAUUUAAGCUUCCAUUCAAAAAUUAAUAUUCAAAAGUGGCGUUUCUGGUGUUUUAAUUUUAUUAAAAGACAUGAUAGCAGCAUAGUAUAAAAUGUCUAUGUAAUUGAUCCUGUUUUACUGAUACUCGCUAUAUGUCAUGUUACCAUUUUCACCGAGAAAGCAACUCCUGUUCAAAAGACUGUUUAUCUUUAUCGACGAAGACUUUCAAACAUAACAUUUUAGCAUCAUCCGUACUAAAUGGACCUCUGAGAGAAAAGACGCAUUUCAGCUAGUGAAUUGAAAUUGACUAUGCAGGAUAUUGAGAAACAUAGGCGGUGUCUUGUGGUAUUCCAUCUGCGUGUCAGUCUGGUGGCUAUUUUAAAUAUAUCUUUCUGAAGACUGCAUGAUUGUCUGCGAUCUUUGAAUUUGACUUACUCUGUUAGAUAGUGCUGUUAUUUUUUAAGUGUAUAUAUCAUGCUUUAGUUAAAUAUUUUUAUUAUUUUUAGUAAUGAUACAUUUUGUUAUCAACAUGCAAGUGGUAACUAAACAGGGAAAUAUUCUAACAACAUCAGUAAACGGUUCUCCAAUAAAACACUAUUGUGGGUUUCGUUUUGGGGAGGCUGCGGUUUUGGUACGUGGCAUUCCCUGUUUGAUAUUUGUCUUUGUUUUUUUACACAUUACGACAGAAGGGAAAUGAUUUUGUUUUGAAGUU